UCGGAGCGAGGAGAGGUGGACCCACGAAAAGAAAAGGCUGGGAAAGCACUUCCUGUUCCUCUGGUGUGUUCAUCGUUCUUUUGGGGAAAAUACAAUAGUCUUGCCACUCUACUUUUCAUCAUGCAUUGCUUCAGCAAGAAGGACUGAUUUGCAAAGGGUUGCAAUGGCGGCAGCAUGGUGGGCGACGGACGCUUUGGCGGCCCCCGCUGUGGCCGCCGGCCUCCAGGCGAGCCGAGGGGUGCACCCGACUUGCAUGUCCCUGAUGCCAGCACCAGACCUGCGACGCCUUCGCUAAUUCGCCCUCAGGCGCCACAUGAGGUCGUCACUCGGCAUGCUUGCCACUCUGCUGCUGGCGACCUCCAUACUAAUUUCUCUUCCUGGAGAAGUGCCUGCUGUGACGAUCAACGUGGCGGCCGCUUUUGACGCCAGUGAGUCGCCUACACUGGCUAAGAACCUGAACCGCAGUUUCACCACCGUCAACAGGGAUGUGCUACGCGACGCAAAUGUAACCUUGGUGCUAAUUCCGCUGCCGGUCGGCGGGGAUGACGCUGAAAACAAUAACAGGUCUUAUGGGAGCAUGGAUGGUGCAGUUAUCGAUUUUUGUGCCGCUGUUGAGCGUCAUCGAGUGGCGGUUGUGUUGGUUGUUGGUUCAGGGGCGGCCGCACGAGGUGUCGUGAUGGCCGCUGGGGCGGCCGCUGUACCUGUAAUCUGGGCGCGGAAUGACUCGCAGGCGCCACUUUACUAUCAGGCGAUGUCUGCGUUUGAAGUGAACGUGGACCCGUCAUGGAGCGAGAUGUCUGCGGCCAUUCGUCACCUGCUGCUGGCCGCGCACUGGCACACGUACAGCAUCGUGUCUGACGCAAGUGCAGGCGCGGCGGCGGUUCGCGCGGCGCUGGCGCCGCUGGCGGCAUCGUCGAGCGUAUUGCUUCGUUCGGAGGCGACGCCGCUGGCCGUGUUCCACCGGCUGGCAGAACUGCAACGCGCCACCCGCGGCGUCGUCGUCCUGCUGGCCGAAGAGGCGGUCGCGCGCGCCACCUUGCGUCAAGCGCAGCGCCUGCACAUGCUCAGCUCGGACUGGGUAUGGUUGUUGGUGGACGCGGGUGGCGUUGCGUCGGCCGUGCGUAAGGACCUGUCCCUCGGCAUGCUCAGCCUGCUUCCUCGUCCAGCGCGGCUGCACCUCAAACAGACGUUGCGUGCGUUGCUCAAGACGCUCGCGCUUGUGAUCAAAAAGGCUGUGACGCGUACCUGGCUGCCCAUAGAUGCUGCUGCAGGUAUAACCGACCUGAGACCUUCGUGCUUUAGGACGACUGGUCGCCAGACCAGGUUCGCUAACAAAAUUGUUAGGGAUUUGCGAAGUGCAGUAAAUUUGGCACUGGCCGGCGAGUCUAUGGACCCAGAAGUGGCUCCGCUUGCCUCCGCCUUUGACCUACUUAACCUGGUGGCGCCUGAACAAGGGCCGGUUUGGAAAACGGUUGGAAACGUAAUUGGACGCCAAGUUUCUCUGGAAACGAUCGUGUGGCCUGGCGGGGACAUUGUGGGUCCUUCCCCCGGCGGUCGCAGCGUGUUUCGCGUGGUGACGGCGUUGGCACCGCCUUUCGUCAUGGAAGGUCUUCUGGAGGACGGUCAGUGUUUGCGCGGCCUGAAGUGCCAUCGAGUGCCGCGCUCGGCGGGUGCUCACCAGGACAAUAUGACGCUGCUCUUUUCCUGGGAACCUGAGGAAGAGCUGACCGCAGACCACCCUUUGCAGCCAACUUGCUGCUAUGGCCUUUCCAUGGACUUGCUUGAAAACGUCGCUCAAGAGCUGGAGUUCGACUUCCACCUUUAUCUAGUCAGUGAUGGCUUUUACGGCUCCAGGGUUUGGUCCAAAGAUGAGCACCAAAGAUGGAAUGGCAUCAUUGGCGACCUAGUUACGGGUGCCGCGCACAUGUCAUUUGCAGCGCUGUCGGUUUCAUCGGCGCGCUCGGAGAUUGUCGACUUUUCGGCGCCUUAUUACUUCAGCGGCAUUUCGUUGCUCGUUGCACCUUCGCAGCACAACGAAAUUCCUCUGCUUGCCUUUUUACUGCCAUUCAGUCCAGAGUUGUGGGUGGCGAUAUUCACCUCGUUGAACGUGACGGCCGUCGCUGUGGCCAUCUACGAGUGGCUCAGCCCGUUCGGCCUCAACCCGUGGGGGCGGCAGCGCAGCAAGAACUUCAGUCUGUCGUCCGCGUUGUGGGUUAUGUGGGGAUUGCUUUGCGGGCACCUGGUCGCCUUUAAGGCACCUAAGUCGUGGCCGAACAAGUUCCUCAUAAACAUCUGGGGCGGUUUCUCCGUCAUCUUUGUUGCCAGCUACACGGCCAACAUCGCAGCUCUCAUCGCGGGACACUUCUUUCAGAACUCGCCCAGCUUCCAUGACAGAAGCCUGCUGUCACAGCGAAUAGGGUCUGCGCGUUCCUCUGUGGCUGAGUACUAUGUUCAAACGAGCAAUCAGCCUCUUUGGGAGCACAUGCAACAGUUUACGCUACGAAACUUAGAAGAAGGAGUACAUCGCCUGAGGAAUGGAACGCUUGAUAUGCUGAUUGGGGACACGCCUGUGCUUGAUUAUUACCGUGCCAAUGAUCCUGGCUGCAAGUUACAGGCCUAUGGAGAUCCUAUCAGCCAGGACAUGUAUGCCGUAGGCAUGAAUAAGGGAUUCCCUUUAAAAGAUAGCAUAUCUGCUGUGAUUGCCAAAUAUGCUAGCAACGGUUAUUUGGACAUCUUACAAGAAAAGUGGUAUGGUGGUCUUCCUUGCUUCCGCCUUGAAAACAACAUGGUGCAACCGCGUCCUCUGGGAGUGACCGCAGUUGCAGGCGUCUUCCUUCUUCUUGGCCUCGGAAUGGUAGUCGGCUUACUGAUCCUCAUUGUUGAGCACAUAUUUUAUCGCAACUUUCUGCCUUCUCUGAGAAACAAGCCCAAAGGCACCAUUUGGCGCAGCCGAAAUGUCAUGUUCUUCAGUCAGAAAUUAUAUCGCUUCAUCAAUUGCGUGGAGCUUGUGAGUCCCCAUCAUGCCGCUAGAGAGCUUAUGCACACGCUCAGGCAGGGCCAAAUUACUAGUUUGUUUCAGAAAAGUGUUAAAAGGAAGGAACACGAACAGAGACGGCGAAGGAAGAGUAAAGCUCAAUUUUUUGAAAUGAUUCAGGAAAUUCGCAGAGUACAGGCUGAAGAGCGAGAUUUAGGAGUAACACCCUCAUCAAUAACUUCUCCUAUUACCGAUUUUGAAACGUCUGAGCUGACAAGUCUGAAAACACCUGCAAGUGAAGCGCCACCACCGCCGCCGCCUCCUCCUCCCGAGGUAUCCCGACCUCGCUUGCCUGUCGAGAAUAGUCAAACAGGAUGUCGACUGGCGCAGUUUCGACAGGACAGUCUCGAACAGCAGGUACCAUCGUUGAGACAUCGUCGAAGCAACUGCCAAUUGGCAUCAUCACCCAUCAAUCAAGAAGACCCGGCAGAAGAGCCCUCCACAGAUCUCACUACUGUUGAAUGGCAGAUGCGCGAAACGGAACUGCGAAGGCAGCUGUUAAAUGCACUGCGCGAAAAGGAUGAGCUGCGCGAUCAGAUUAGGAUACUGGAGAGACGUGUAAAAGAGCCACCAUGACGAGAGGAUGAAAUUUUUGUUUAGGCCGCCCGUGAUUGUCAAGGUGAUAAAAGGGCAAACAUGACAAACUCUUCCGACAAGUUACUGUUGACACUUUCCAUCACCUCUGCCUCUUUUAAAUAAGGGUUGGUAACGAGAAUUGAAUUUUCCCCAGCAUUUGGCAACAAAAUGAGAUGAAAGCAAUAACUAAACACUAGCCGAUGGUUUGAAAAAUAUUAACUGGAACUAAUAUUCGACAUCGGGUAACAUUUAUUGAUUUUUGCGCGCGCAUUUAAAAUAAAUUUCCUGCUCACAGUGAGAGUGGAAUUUUUUAACUUCAAACCAAGAGACUUCCAGGCGCGAUUUGAGAUAAUUAUGUUCUUGCCUAACAAUAAGCAUACAGUAUUAGUGUGUGCUGCCGCCUUUACAAUUCUACACUGAAAUCCACUUUCAAUUUUGCAACAUAUUAAAACGUCUUACAGAUUUUCAUUAUUUUCUCUAUAUCUUUAAUCAUUUAGAUUAAAAAACAAACAUUGUAAGCAUACACCCAUUUUCUUUUAGCUCAUCAUUAAACGUAUAUUUAUAGACUUAAAAGUAGAAGUCGCUAAGUAAGCAAAUGCCACAAAAAACUGGUGGUUUGGUCUUAUCUUAAUAAUCAAAUUCUUUAUCUGCUCUUUAAUAUAGUUCUGUAUUAUAGCUAUUGUAUUGGAUAGUAACAAAGUUUAUUUCCUAAAGUCUCCCUAACUUUAUAAAAUUUAAUAAGUAGAUUAAAAAAAAGACAUAGAAUUUAUAUUCAUAAUUAAAAUUUCCAAAAUAUAUAGUAAAACAAACUGGCUUUGCUUGCAUAAAAUAGUUUUUAAAUUAAAAAAAAAACUUAAAAUUAACAAUGCUACCUUGAGCGGCAGUUGUGAAGCGUAUAAAUGAUGACAAUUUGCGCUAUUUUAAACAAAAUAUUAUAGGCGUCAUAGAUAUCUGUUAAAAGCUAAAAUAAAAGUGUUAUAAUUAUGAAAUAAAAUUUGGAAAGCCAAAGGACGUAUAAAAUUGUAAAAAUAUGUGACAAACUAAACCAUUUUACAUAAUAUAAAUUUUUUGCUUAAGUAUCAAUUCCUCUGACAGAAGCUGCUACCUGCGUGUGUAUGCUGAUGUGAAUUGAAUGAGAUGGAGUUACGCUUUUAAAAUAUUGAAAUUAUGUAAUAUUAGAUUGCGGGAAUGUUCCAGUGUUUCUAGAGAUUGUUCAAAUAAAUGUCAAGUAGAAAGACAUGAAACUGUUAGUUUUACCGUUGCAUUUAUGUUAGUCAAUUUUGAUGAAAAAGCGUUGAAAAAUUCUAAUUAAAUGACAAAAUGCAAAUGCUUGUUAUAUUGUUGUUGUUCUUAACUCAUGGAUAUAUUAGAAUGCAAUUUCAUUAUUUAUUGUGCACGAUUUUUCAAAUGAGCCUUAAGGUUGUGCAGCAGUAACAAAAGUUACAUAAAUCACAAUAAUAAUAUCUACCGCUUCUAGCUCUGCACAAAGUUUAAAGUUUUAAUACGCAUGGAAAAUACAGGAAGUUUCCUAAAAUUGGCCACUCUCAGAAAAGUAGAUGCGUAAUGUUGUAUCCGUAAUAUUAGCGCGCCUGUUGAAGCACCAAGAAUUUCCAACAAAAAUAUUGCGCAAAGAUUUUCAAAUUAGACUGAAAAAAUGGUGUAUGCGUUACUUACGCAGCAUUGAAUGAAGGAGUUGUGAAAAUUUUGGAGUUUUAAAAGAAAAAUGUAUCGAUAAAUAAUAUGUAAAUAUUUGUACAGAGUUAUUAACAAGUUGAAAAUAUGUUCUUGCUAUUUCUUACGAAAUAAUAAAAAUGACUCAGAUGAACCUUUAACCGCCUUUAUAACAAAAUGUAGCAAAGUCCUUAUUGUCAUUAUU